AUGCGAUUUGCCAAUAAAAGAAGAGAGCUGCUGUUUGAAGAUGGCGCUGUACGGUGCAACAGUCCGAUCGCUUCGUUAUUACCUUUAAAACCAUGAUCUGAAAACCAGACCCUUUAAAGAUUUAUUUAAACACUGAAGACACUCUAAUAAUAUUAUACGAACGUUUCUUGGCAUAAGUGAAGUAAAAUGCCUUCACCUAAAGCGCGGAACAGCCCUGGGCGCAGCGUCCCGUCUCCCGGUGGAAACGGACGCAACGAGUUCAUUUCUCUGAGCCGAACUCCCCCGCCGCACCUGCUGCAGAGACAGGGCUCCGACCCCACAUCUGCUCGGCUCCGAGCCUCCGAGAGCCCCAGCCGACGAAGGGGAUCGAGUUCGUCUACCUCCUCCACCGGCGGGCAGCAGUUACCGGAGGAAGACUGUAUGAAAUUAAACCCGUCUUUCAUUGAAAUAGCGCUCAGCUCUCUGUUGGCCAUCGACCUGUGGCUGUCGAAGCGUCUCGGUGUGUGCGCCUGCGAGGACUCAUCAUGGGGCAGCAUGCGGCCGCUCAUGAAGCUCAUCGAGAUCUCCGGUCACGGGAUCCCGUGGCUUGCCGGUGCCGUGUACUGCCUGUAUAAAAGCGACAGUGCCGCCGGUCAGGAGGUCAUGCUGAACCUGCUCAUGGCAUUGCUUCUGGACCUUGUGCUGGUUGGUGUUGUCAAGGCCGUAGUGCGGCGUCGACGUCCUGCCCAUAACCGUAUGGACAUGUUUGCCACGUUUUCUGUGGACCGCUAUUCCUUCCCAUCGGGCCAUGCCACACGUGCUGCAAUGUGUGCCCGCUUUCUUUUGGCCCAUCUGGUGCUGGCAGCCCCACUUCGGUUUCUCGUUCUGCUCUGGGCCACUUUUGUCGGUUUUUCAAGGGUUCUCCUUGGACGCCAUAAUGUGACGGAUGUUGCAUUUGGUUUCUUUAUGGGGUACUGGCAAUAUAAUUUGGUUGAGAUGCUGUGGUUGUCUCCACUUACGUUCCAAAGCAUGAUUGGACGGCUUGACUAAGAAGUUGUGAUGGCCAGCAUUUUUUGGGGGCCUGUUAAUUGGGAUCCAGACUUAAUUGGUGCCAGUAUGAUGGUAAUGAUGAUGUUGUCAAUAUAGUCAGUGUUGUUUUAUGUGUUUGAAUGUCACUUGAAUGUAAAAUAUUAACCUCAUUGAUCAUCUUCCAGCAAUGUACAGGGGGUUUUAUCAAAUUAAGCUCUGUUAUGAACAGAUAAAUAAGUAUGAAGUAAAAGUGAUGGAUUGUAAGAGAGCAA